AUGGAGAAGCCGCUAGAUGAGAAGGAAUUGGAGCGGAAAUUGAAAAAGGAUCAGAAGGCGAAAGAGAAGGAGGAGAAAAAGGUCAAAGCGAAGCAGAAGGAAGCGGCUAGGCUCCAGGGGCAAGCGGCAUCAGAUGCAGGUCGAGCUAAGAAGAGCGAUAAGAAGCAGAGGAAGAGAGGAGCCAUCGAUGAGAGUCCAGAGGAUUUCAUUGAUCCUGAUACCCCUGCUGGACAAAAAAAACUGCUGGCUUCUCAGAUGGCGAAACAAUAUAGCCCAGCCGCCGUUGAUAAAUCAUGGUAUUCCUGGUGGGAAGCAUCCAGGUAUUUUGAAGCAGAUGCAGCAAGCUCAAAGCCUCCAUUUGUAAUGGUCCAGCCACCCCCUAAUGUGACGGGGGUGCUUCACAUAGGCCAUGCAAUCACAGCAGCUAUUGAGGAUGCUAUGAUUCGCUGGCGGAGGAUGUCAGGUUACAAUGCAUUAUGGGUUCCUGGAAUGGACCAUGCUGGCAUAGCUACACAGGUGGUGGUCGAGAAAAAACUCAUGCGUGAGAGGAAUCUAUCAAGGCAUGAAGUAGGACGUGAGAAUUUUUUAUCUGAGUGUGCACUGAUGUCCAUACUGCAACGAAAAUUUGCAUACGUCAAUCUACCAUCUGACACAGAAAAUUCCAAAACUCUUUCCCUUUUUCAAUUGUUUGUUUCAUGGGUCCUCAAAUGGAAAGACCAGCAAGGUGGUACCAUACUGAAACAGCUUCGCAUGCUUGGGGCCUCACUUGAUUGGUCACGUGAGUGUUUUUCAAUGGAUGAGCAGAGAUCAAAAGCUGUGACUGAGGCUUUUGUUAGGCUGUAUAAGGAUGGCCUAAUUUAUAGGGCUCAUCAUCUUGUGAACUGGGAUUGUGCACUUCGAACAGCAAUUUCUGAUAUUGAGGUUGACCAUAAGGAUCUUACAGGAGAGACUUUGUUAGAGGUUCCUGGUUAUAGAUCUCCAGUGCAGUUUGGUGUUUUGAUAUGUUUUGCCUAUCCUCUAGAAGAAGGUAUUGGUGAAAUUAUAGUUGCAACAACGCGGAUAGAAACAAUGCUUGGCGAUACUGCCAUCGCUGUUCAUCCACAGGAUGAAAGAUAUAAGCAUUUACAUGGAAAAUAUGCCCUGCACCCUUUCAAUGGCCGAAAACUCAAAAUUAUUUGCGAUGCGGAGUUAGUGGAUCCUAAUUUUGGUACUGGCGCUGUCAAGAUUACACCAGCUCAUGAUCCCAAUGACUUCAAGGUUGGGGAACGGCAUAACAUUGAGUUCAUUAAUAUUUUCACAGAUGAUGGGAACAUAAAUGAAAUGGGAGGCCCACAAUUUUCAGGGAUGCCACGUUUUGUUGCUCGUACUGCUGUUAUUGAUGCAUUGAAGGAUAAGGAUCUGUACCAAGGCACAAAGAAUACCGUGACAAGCUUGAGUCUUUGUUCAAGAUCUAAAGAUGUUGUGGAGCCAAUGAUGAGGCCCCAGUUGUUUGUUAGUUGUAACUCUAUGGUAAAGGUAGCUCUUGAUGCUGUCAAAUCCAAAAAGAUUGAGAUCAUUCCACCACAAUAUGAGCAAGACUGGUAUAGGAAUGAAAAUGAUGCAAUCUUGGAGGCAAAGCAGAGGUAUCCAGCAAAGAAAUAUCAGUUAGAUCAAGGUCCUGAUGUAUUGGACACAUGGUUUUCAUCGGGCCUCUUCCCAAUAAGUGUACUUGGUUGGCCAGACGAUAAACCUGAUCUUAGUACUUUCUACCCUGGUUCUGUCCUUGAAACUGGAUCGGAUAUCCUAUUCUUUUGGGUAGCACGGAUGGUGAUGAUGGGAAUGCAACUCGGCGGGGAUGUUCCAUUUCAGAACGUUUACUUGCAUCCCAUUGUCCGUGAUGCGCAUGGCCGUAAAAUGGCCAAGUCACUGGGAAAUGUCAUCGAUCCCACUGAUGUAAUAAAUGGCAUAUCGAUGGAAAAUCUUCAGAAAAAGUUGGAAAAUGGCAAUCUGGAUCCAAAAGAGUUAGAGAAGGCAAAAGAUGGCCAGAGGAAGGAUUUUCCUGACGGAAUUCCAGAGUGUGGUACCGAUGCCCUUCGCUUUGCGCUGAUUUCCUAUACUUCUCAGUCUGACAAGAUAAACCUGGAUAUCAAAAGGGUGCAUGGGUAUCGACAGUGGUGCAAUAAGCUGUGGAAUGCCAUUCGUCUUGCAAUGAACAAGCUUGGAGAGCAGUACAGGCCACCAGCAACUGUUGAUGUGUGUUCUUUGCCACCAGUCUGCAAAUGGAUACUCUCAGUACUUAACAAGGCUAUUGGCAAGACUGUGACAUCAUUAGAAGCAUAUAAAUUCUCUGAGGCUACAUCCUCUAUAUACUCGUGGUGGCAGUACCAGCUUUGCGAUGUAUUUUUUGAAGCAAUAAAACCUUAUUUCAAUGAAUCUGAAGAGUUUGAAUCUGCAAGAAGUGCUUCUAGAGAUACGCUAUGGAAAUGGACAAAUGAUCAUAUUGAGAAUGAAAUGGAGAUUGUGUUAGAUACCGUGAACAAGCUACGAUCACUUCGGCCAUCUACAGAUACAUAUGAAAGACGUCCUGCAUUUGUGCUCUGCCCAAGCUUCGAGACUGUAGCAACCAUUCAGCGCUACCAUUCACAAAUUACAACGCUUACAUCUGUAUCAUCUCUGAAGAUCCUGACAGAGGAUGAUCUGACUCCACCUCACUGUGCCACACAUAUCGUAAACAAGGAUCUAUCCGUGUAUCUCCAGCUUCGGGGAGCUCUGAACACUGAAGCCGAGCGCGAGAAACUAAGGAGAAAGAGGGAGGAUAUCCAAAGGCAACACGACACCUUGUCGCAGAAAAUGAAUGCUUCGGGCUACCGCAAGAAGGCUCCGCAGAGGAAGCAAGACGAGGAUACGAGGAAACUCGCUGCUUUCUUGGGGGAACUCGAGAUCAUCGACGAGGUUGAGACUGCUCAUGGUUGUAAGUUUCCCGGUGGACAUAAGGCCACUUGGGAGGGUGUACCUCAUGAGAUUGAGGCAAUGGUCACCAGCGAUUUAGCUGGGACGGAUGAGUAA